UUGUUUUUUUUCGGAGAGAGACAACAAGGCGUGGACGUAUCUUCUCGCGCGAUAUUAUAUAUCUCUCGAACGAUACGGAAUUGCGCGAAUUGGUUCAACAUCAUGGUCCGAUUCGGUGUCCUCGUGAUGCUGUGGUCGUUGAUUGCGUGCCUCUUUGGAUUCGCGACGAAUCGCUCAGCGUUUUUACCAGCCGUUUGGGACAAGGCACCGUCUUUGGACGCUUACAAGCGAGUAUCUCUCGAUCUCGGGAUGGGCGAGACGCGGAUAACAACGGGCGCGAACAAGAUUUCGACGGAGGUGUCAACGAAAUUGACGGAAAAAACGUCGGAGAUUGAGACACGUGGGAAAAGAUUGACAACCGAGAAUAUCGAAACCAAAUUCGUGGUGGGUGACGUAACGUCGUCCUCGACGACGAAGAGCGAAGCGUCCGAUUCUGCUUUCCCCAGUGUCGUCGUCGCCGCCGCUCCUCGGAACGUCAUUUUGCUUCUGAUCGAGAAAGAUCAGUUUGAAACGAAGGAGGAAGAUCUGUGGAAGAAUUACAGACAAAAAUUCCCGUUCGCGACUGAAGGAUCUCUUCAAUGCUGCGGUGACAAGAUCGAGACUAAUGAGUCUCUCCUGAACGUUGCAAUGAUUAAUGGGAGCAAGAACAAGGACUGCGAUUGCGAACGUAUCCUUCGCUCAAAUAUCGAAGAACUAAUGUUCUGGGCGAAAUACGCGCGAGGAAUGACAACAGCUUCGGUUGGCGGCACCAACUUCACGAUCCCGUUGGGAUACGAGUUCGAGAACGACGAUUCGAAAACGGAAUCGCUUAAGAACAAACGCGAGUCCAACGAGAUUUGGCGAGUGAUCGAUCUCGGCGAACGUGCGUCGAAAUCCGUUCCUUCGACGAUUGCCGGAUCUUCCGAUUCCAAAACGGAAGAAACGCGGGACAACGAAGGAAGCGCGUGGAACGUUUUCGACGUGUUUUCUAAGAUACGAAUGGCCUUCUUCCGUUCUUUGCUCGAGACUUUGAGCAGAAACGACGGCGCGUUCGAAAACGAAUUUUCGCCGCGGCGAUUUGACCGUUUCAAACCAACCGUGACUAAUUUAAUCGAAAGCACGAUCAGAGAGAUCAAAUCCGCAACGAACGACAAGGGUUACGCGUUGGUGGCUGUGGUGCCGAGAAGCGAGCGAGUUGUUGCCGUCGAUCUUCUUCAGCGCGAAAUGUCCAAGAACACUAUUUUAAUAAUCAUACCGCUCGGUGCCGGGAAAAAAUCCGUUUCGUAUAUCGCGCUAGGAUCGGGCAAUCGGACGCUACGGGAAGCAAAAACGAUCUCGGAACUGCCGAUCGCGAUCAGGAAGGCGAUUGCGGGCGAUUGUUUGGAUGACGCGAAUCGACAUAGGCGCAACGUUCCGUCGCCUUAUCCGUCGAUCGGGAUUUUUUCGCAAGAAAUGCUCGCGCAAAAACGCAGUGUCCAAGAUAGGAUUGCCGUCGAGCAAUCGAAUACAAAACGCACCGAGAAGACGAAUAUUCAAACGCAAGCCAGAAGCUCGACUUCGCCGAAGACAAUGUCGCGCGACCUCGCUACGGGGCUCGGUAUCGCGACCUCGAUACCCGUCUCGGCCUCGUCCUUGACCUCGUCCUCUUAGGAGUCAGCAAAAUACGACACGUUUUGAACUAUUG